UGAAAAUAUCUGUUAGGAGACAUCUACUGGUGCAUCUACUGUUGAGUUUUAAUUUACAUGGAAGUCAUUUGUUUUUCAGAGUGUGAAAAAAUGGAUUUGGCCAACCAUGGACUUAUUCUGCUGCAACAACUAAACGCUCAGAGAGAGUUUGGUUUCCUGUGUGACUGCACAGUUGCCAUUGGUGAUGUCUACUUCAAGGCACACAAAUCGGUCCUUGCUUCUUUCUCCAACUACUUCAAGAUGUUGUUUGUUCAUCAAACCAGUGAAUGUGUCCGUUUGAAAGCGACUGACAUACAGCCAGAUAUCUUCAGUUAUCUCUUGCAUUUGAUGUACACUGGGAAGAUGGCACCACAACUCAUUGACCCAGUUCGACUAGAACAGGGAAUAAAGUUUCUGCACGCAUAUCCACUAAUUCAAGAGGCCAGCCUUGCAAGUCAGGGAACUUUUUCUCACCCGGAUCAAGUUUUUCCAUUAGCAUCUUCAUUAUAUGGCAUUCAGAUUGCAGAUCACCAGGUAAGACAUCCCACUAAGGUUACAUCAGCGACUGACAAACUCGGGCGAGAACCAAGGCCACAGACAUCACGGAUGAACCAAGAGCAGGUUUCUGAAGGCUCGCAGUUAGCUACAAAUCUACCACAAGUGACCCGGACAAAUAUGUCUGCUUCUGACCCAUUGCCAUCUCCGGAACUGGUAUCUGCUGCCGGUAAUAAUUCACCUGCAGGAGAAGAGGUCAACAUGGAAGCAUCUUCUUCAGAUGAACAGCCUUCCUCACUCACGAUAGCACACGUCAAGCCAAGCAUUAUGAAAAGGAAUGGAAGCUUCCCAAAAUACUAUGCCUGCCACCUCUGCGGUCGCCGGUUCAAUUUGCGAAGUAGUUUGCGUGAGCACCUGCAGAUCCACACGGGAGUUCCCUUCACAUCUAGCCAGCAGGGAGAAAGUAAUAUUUCUUUGUCUCUCUGUAACAACACAGCUGAUAAAGAUGCUGUGGAAGUGCAUGAAGCCGGGAUGAUUAGUGACAGCGAGCUGCAGCAGAUCUCAGACUCCCCAAUAAUUGAUGGGCAGCAGCAGUCAGAGACACCGCCACCCUCCGAUAUUGCAGACAUAGACAACUUGGAGCAGGCAGAUCAAGAGAGGGAAGUAAAAAGGCGGAAAUAUGAAUGUUCCAUCUGUGGUCGGAAAUUUAUUCAGAAAAGCCACUGGAGGGAGCACAUGUACAUACACACUGGCAAGCCCUUCAAGUGCAGCACUUGUGACAAAAGCUUUUGUAGGGCUAACCAGGCUGCCAGACACGUGUGCCUAAACCAGAGCAUGGACACGUACACGAUGGUGGACAAACAGACUCUGGAACUCUGUACUUUUGAGGAAGGCAGUCAAAUGGACAACAUGCUAGUACAGACCAACAAGCCCUACAAAUGUAACUUGUGUGACAAAACGUUUUCAACUCCCAAUGAAGUAGUCAAACAUUCGUGCCAAAAUCAAAACUCUGUCUUUACGCUAGAAGAAGACCGCUCCAUUUUGCUAGGUGGUGGGGACACAGAAGCCACAGAGACUGAUAACGCAGUGUUAGCCUCCAUCAAAAAGGAACAGGAAGCGGUAUUGUUAGACUGAAUGUGAAACCUAUAUCAAUUUUUUAAAGUUUCUUUACUGUUUUUUUAUUAAAUCAAUUUUUUCCUCCCCCCACCUCUUGCCUCACUUACCCCUGACAUCUUUUCCACCAGCCUCCUUCCCAACUUUGUCUUCAGCAACCAGAACUGUACUAGCACGCUAGGAAAUUGGACUUUGCCUCUCCCACCAAAACAAACAAAAAGGUCUUGCAUCAAACCACAACAUAAUUGAUUUUAAUACAAAGGAAUGUGUGAAAAAAUAAUCCAGCUAACUAUGUUGAUAGUAUUAGUUAAUCCAAAUUUAAUAGAUUUUAAACAAAAUUUAGAUUGCUUAAAAGUGUAUUUAGAUACAAUGAUGAGUGUGAUGAGAAGCAGAGUAUCAGUUUCGUAAACAAAUAAUAUAUAUAUAUAUAUUACUUUCCCUGGUAAAAGGCAUUUUGAUAAAAUCUGGCAAAUUCAAUGUCCACAUGCAAGUUGAUUAAGGUUAUAACUUAAAACCCUCAUAACUUUUC